UUUUCCCUUGCCAGCUAAAUAAACCAGCCGAAAGCCAGCAUUGGCUCAGUUAGCAUGAAUGGGGUUUAGACCCAAGAAAUGGCAUAAGUGGUGCAGUUUAGAGAGAUUCCAUCUAUAUUGGGAAAGCUUCAAAUGUGAUUUGUGGGAAUAACUUUAAUAUGAAGCAGACGGGCAUUCAGAAUGGCAGGCUUGUCCACUUUAAUCCUCCUUUUGUGUGCUGCUAAAGAUGUGAUGCCCUCCAGUUCUCACUGGAAGCCAACUUGGCCGUCUUACAGAGUUCCUGUUAUCCUGCCGCAGUCUACCUUGAACUUGGACAAACCACAGUUUGAUGCUGAAGCCAGACUGGAAGUGGUGUCUCCCUGUGGCCCAGCGUGCCACAAAAGUUCUCCGCUGCCAACUUAUGAAGAAGUGAAGCACUACCUGUCCUAUGAAACGUUGUAUGCUAAUGGUAGCCUCACUGAGACUGAAGUGGGCAUAUAUAUUCUGAGCAACAGCGCUGAUGGGUCUCAAGGCAAAUCUCGAACUAAGAGGCAGAUCUAUGGCUAUGACAGCAGGUUUAGCAUUUUUGGGAAAGACUUCUUGUUGAAUUACCCGUUCUCCACAUCGGUGAAGCUGUCUACAGGUUGCACGGGGACUCUGGUGGCCGAAAAGCAUGUUCUUACUGCAGCUCAUUGCAUCCAUGAUGGCAAGAGUUACGUCAAAGGCGCUCAGAAACUGCGGGUGGGGUUCCUAAAGCCCAAACAUAAAGAUGGCAGCAAAGGGGCCAAUAUCACCAACUCAGCAAUGCCUGAGAAAAUGAAAUUCCAGUGGAUUCGUGUGAAACGGACGCAUGUCCCCAAAGGAUGGAUCAAAGGCAAUGCCAAUGACAUUGGCAUGGAUUAUGACUAUGCCCUGCUGGAGCUGAAGAAGCCACAUAAAAGAAAGUUUAUGAAGAUAGGUGUGAGCCCACCGGCCAGACACUUGCCUGGAGGGAGGAUUCACUUCUCUGGCUAUGACAAUGAUCGUCCGGGAAACCUGGUUUACCGUUUCUGUGAUGUCAAAGAUGAAACAUACGACCUGUUGUACCAGCAGUGCGAUGCCCAACCGGGUGCAAGUGGCUCUGGGGUGUAUGUGAGGAUGUGGAAGAGGCAGAAUCACAAGUGGGAGCGUAAAAUUAUUGGUAUAUUUUCAGGCCAUCAGUGGGUGGACAUGAAUGGCACCCCACAGGAUUUCAAUGUAGCUGUUCGCAUCACACCCCUCAAAUACGCACAGAUCUGUUACUGGAUCAAAGGCAACUACCUUGACUGCAGGGAAGGAUAAAGACAAUGAGACUCCUUGAAAGCACUUAAUGACUGGUUUUAAUUGCUCAUCUGAGGAAAGACUUUGUGCUGCAAAUGUGUGUGAUGUGAUCAUGUAACAUUGGGAGGUGAUAUGUAGCUUUUCAAGCCAGCCACCUUGUUCUUAGGACAGGGACUGUGUGGUGCUAUCAUUACAGCUUGAAACUGGGGAGAAAAGACGUCUGCUGGGUGGGGAAGGAGCAGGUGGACUUGUUGAAUUUGCAGCUGAGCAACUGAAGAUUAAUUAGGGGCGGAUCAGUAAACAGUAUGAAAACAGAACCGUCUCCAAAGAAUCUUGUAAAAGGGACACUGUUGACUAUCUCAUGCCUACAAUGUUUGUUUUAAUAAAUCCUAGGAUUAGUAGAAAUGCUUUGAUCUGAACUUUUAAAAGAAAAUAUUUCUAUGCUGUUGGGGGCUGAAGAGGGGCAUUUAAUGGUGUUUGCAACCCAAACAUUAAAGCUUUGUGUUCCUGCUUGAGAAAAGGGAGUGUGAAAAGGGCGAGAUGAAUGCCACACAAAUAGCGUGAAGGGUAAAUAACCACAUAACACUUCUAACUUCCUUUUGGUCUGAGUAAUUUGAGACUAUAUUAGUAACACAGUUAAGAAAAAUGGUUUUUGAGCAAACAGACCUUGAUGUUGCAAAGAUUUGACUGUGAAGAUGAUGUUGGUCAUAUGAACAGUGCCAUUGCGUCCUGCUUUGGGAAACACAAAUUGCACAUGGGAUUAAAUCUAUAGGAGCUGGGGCAUAGCCUUACACCUAGGAGGAUCCCUAUGAAUAUGCUAUUAUAGAAAGCGUGUGGGGACAGAAGCUUUUCUGUUUAUGACCUACUUAGAUCUUUAAAGGAAAAUCUCAUGUCAGCAGCUCAGAUUUUCAGAGGGGAAGCCUAUCUUCGGUCUUGCUGGCCAUCUGAACUGCUGUCUGCAGAGCAUGUAAAGGAGAGAGCAGGACAAGGGUCCUACUGAGUUUUCCCCAUUUGUUGAAGAUCCUUGCUGUUUUACCUAAUAAUACACCAGGUGGGGGACCCUAGAUUUAGAAGUGUCUCUCAGCCAUAUCCCUUUGACACGUAAUUUGUACGGCAUCUUGAUUUACGUUUCUUGUGUUGUUUGGGGUAGGAAUCCUCCUCCCCAUCAAACUGUUAAGUUACAAAUAAUUCUUGGCAAAUGCACAGUUCAGUCAAUCUGCAGCUGGAACAGAGCCACGUUGUAGGAUGCAGCCUUAGUUUGCUGUGAAGUGAUCCUCUGCUGUCUCUUAUAGAUAGCAGUGACUUACAUUUUUGCUGUAGCAGAAUUAAAGUUUAAAACAAGAACUGUCUGUAAUAGGUAAAAUCUGUGCAGCCAAAUACCGCAGCUCAGCAAACAGCAUUGGGAAGUCAACGUGGUCUAUAAUAAACAGUGUUUCUCUGGUGGAUUGUGCCACUGUGUUGCAGUAACCUGGUUAAGUACAUGCCUUCAUGCCAAUAUUAUUUUUUUAAAUAGGAGGAUAGACACUGGCUCCCGUUCCAGUUUCCCUUUUACCCAUCUCUCAUGUGCCUCCUGAAGCUUAUCAAGUUGCCUGUGGUGCUUAGUGUUGUGGGGCAAAUGCAAGUCCUUGCUGUGAAAUGGCAAAGCUGGGAAGGAAAGAAUCUAAGCAGAGCUUCCCUAUGCUAUACAAAUAUAAGGAAGACGUUAAUUCAGCAAAGCCUUUUUUACACUCUACUAAUUAAUGUGGCAUUUGUAAACAUAUGCCUGAUGGUGCUUUAUCUUUGUGGUGGCUUUGGCUCUAGUUCUGAAAAACAUUUUUGCUAGAGCUGCCUAUGAUUAUUAUUUUUAUAGAAGCAGCAUAAAAAACAUGGACCCUCGUGGGCUUUUGGUGCACUCAGAUACAAGCAGUUAACUAAUGCUUUGAAAUAUGAAUAAUCACCAUAUGUAUCUGAUGGUCUUUUUCUGCCUUUUUAUUUUAAUUUCCUUUAUUCUAUGGCUGUUAUCUGGAGCACUUUUGUUUGAAUGUAUCACAGUGAAUAAAGAAAAGUUAUGGAACUUCAA